UGUCAAAAUUGUACUUUCAUCCCAUUUUAAUGACUCCAAUGGAAAGGUUCUUUCAACCGGUUACGAUGGAUACUCUAGAAAGGUACCCAGGUCAUGAAAAGGAGUAUAAUGCUAGAAAGGUUUACUAUAAUUGGAUUGAAAACGGAAAUCGUCGGCAUCCUUAUGAUUGGACUAAAGGCGUUAAAGUUUAUGAAUCAAAAAAAAAAGGCUUUCCAGUUAAAGAGUACUACGCAAAGAUUUUAAGAUAUGCAACAAAAAACGGAAUACCAUAUGGUCGAACUGACUGGGAUGUCUUCAAGUUUGUGAGGAAUGCUAUUGUCCACAUCAGUAAAGAGAGUAAGAAAACGGAGGAAGAUGUAGAGAAAGAGUUAUCGGAAAUGUUCCCAGAUUAUUUCGGUAUGGCAUACGAUCUCUUCGAUCGCGAAGAAAUCGCUUCAGGUUACAGGUAUGUAUGGAAUGUGAAUUAUAAACAAGUUAUGCUACUGUUUAAUUCCCUAAAAUGAAUUUGGUUAUUUAUUUAUGGAAAAUGUCCCUA